AUGCCCGAGAUCUGCAAAGAUCUCGGGAUCACCGGGAUGCGGCCCACAAGGGCGGUCACCGGGGCGCUCCUUUUAGCGAUCCCCGGUGAACAGGGGAGGGAGAAGGCGACCGCCCUGAGGGCGCGUCUUGAUGGGGCCCUCCAGGUUGAGGGUGUCCGGGUGGCUUGCCCCCAGAAGCAGGCCGAGUUGAGGGUGUCCGGCCUGUCGGAGGCAGCCACCCAGGGUGCGGUUAGGGAGGCCCUUGCCACCACCGGGGGGUGCGGCGCCACGGAGGUCAACCGGUGCACCAGCACCGUAGAUCGCAGCGGUCUCUGCUACCGCUGCGGGGAAGCCUCCCACAUAGCGAGGGAGUGCACGGCCGCCCCCAAAUGCCCCCUUUGUGUGGGCACCGGGCGGCCGGCGGAUCAUCGUAUGGGUGGGGCGGCUUGUCGUCCCCCAAAACGGAAAGGGAAAAAGGGGAAUCGGGUGGGUGUGCCCCCAUCCGCGCUUCCGGCCAAUAGUAGGCCGGCGCCGCAGUCCGUCGCGACUGAGGUUCAGGGGGCGGCUUGUUCCCAGCCGUCCCCAGCUGAGGUGUCGGGAGUUGUCCAAACCCCAGCCUCUAUCGCGGCGGCACAGAAGGUAGUGGGGGGCGCACCUGCAACCCAGCCGGUGGCGGAGAUGAUGGAGGUGGAUGUGGCGCCUCACGACUCGGCGCCCUCCACCUCCACGAAAUUAGAGGGCGUACUCCCUGGUGGGGGUUCUGCAAAGCCCCCACUAUUAAAGGCAGCCCAAACACCGUGCGCGCCAGAGGCCCUGAUGAGGGGUGUGAUGGCUUCGUACGGCGGCGAGGAUCCGGGGGGCGAAAACCCCCAGAAAUCAGGAAGGGGAGGCCUGGAGGAGGCUGCGGCUGAGACCAGUUAA